UAUAUACACCUAUACAUACACUCACCCACAUGAGUGCCUACAUAAACACCACUAUAUUAUAUAGUACUGGUCCAAGGAUCCAAGUUGAGAGAGAAAGAGAGUGAGGAGCAAAUUUUGUGAAAUUCUAGAAACAUCAAAAUCUUUUUUUCCAGAGGAAAGAAGAACUCUGUUUAUUAAAAAAAAAAAAAGAAGUGAAAGAUGAAGAUUUGGUGUGAUGUGUGUGAUAAAGAAGAAGCUUCAGUGUUUUGUUGUGCAGAUGAAGCAGCUCUUUGUAAUGGCUGCGAUCGCCAUGUUCAUUUCGCCAAUAAGCUCGCCGGGAAACAUCUCCGAUUCUCUCUCACUUCUCCUACUUUCAAAGAUGCUCCCCUCUGUGAUAUUUGCGCGGAGAGGCGUGCAUUAUUAUUUUGCCAAGAAGACAGAGCAAUACUAUGCAGAGAAUGUGACAUUUCAAUACAUCAAGCCAAUGAGCACACCAAGAAACACAAUAGGUUUCUCCUUACCGGCGUCAAGAUAUCCGCCUUGCCGUCCGCGUACCCGAGAGCUUCUAAUCCCAACUCGACCGCAGGAUCGGGUCGGGCCAAAACCCGACCCAAAUCAGUAUCAGAGGAGGUCCCGAGCUCGGCCUCCAGUGAUAUCUUUGCGAGUUCUCCUUCGACGAAUACGAGCAAUUACUAUUACGGGCUAGAGGAAAACUAUCAUCAAGUGAGCGAUUCGGGUUCUGGAUCGGGUACGGGCAGUAUAUCGGAGUAUUUGAUGGAAACAUUGCCGGGUUGGAGAGUGGAGGAUUUGCUUGAACAUCCGUCUUGUGUCUCCUAUGAGGAUAACAACAAUGAGUCCUAUAGGGCUUACGAUGGUUCUUCUCAAUACCAUCAUCAAGGGUUUUGGGAACAAAAACCCUUUUCAUGAUCUUAUUAUUACUUUUUUAUCCCUUUUUUUUUGGGUUUGAAUCUAGUCUUUUUCUUUGGGUGUUGGAGUUCGAAAUUAUGAAUCCAAACCAAACCAACUUGUUGUUUUCGAUGUUCCCCAGUCUCUUCAUUUUUAUCUUUAUUUUUUCUAAUAAGAAUUUGCUUUGUCUUGUC